AUGCCAACCGAUACUGAUGACGCCCUUGUCGACACCGAGCCUUGGUCCUACUUCACACAACAGGAAAUUGACGAGAUGUUGUACAACCAACAGCAGCGUGCUGCUAAAACAGAGAAGACGGUGAUGACGCACAAUUUCGACCAGGAGAACUUUGCCCGACAACAAACGGCUCUCAACAAGUCCUUGGACAAAACCUUAACGGAUUUAACAGCCGCGAUCAAACAACAGAUUCCGAUCCAAAUUGGGCAGCCACCCUCCCCGUCCCCAUCUCGCGGUUGGAAGUUCCCUCCGUCAAUAACCGUCAAACCAUUUGGUUUUGAUCCCGAGUCACAUCCAAAACUCAAGUCGGAUGCCCCUCGUUUCAACGGAGACCAUGUUACGAGUUGGAUUCGCAAGAUUAAGAAGUUUUAUAACCAUAACUUCACACCUUUGGCGGAUCGUCUUUAUUUGACGUCGUUUCUGUUUGAUGACCCGGCUGCCGAUUGGAUGAGUUACUGGGAGGACAACGUCGAUGACAAGAAUUGGGAUGAAUUUUUGUUGGCAGUUAAACAAAGAUUCGACUUGGAUCUUUAUGAAGAUUAUGUGGGCCGCCUCGCAACGCUGCAACAGACCUCCACCGUCGAGGCGUAUCAAACCACCUUUGAGUCCUAUCUGCAGAAGGUCUCUCACGUCGGCGACGCGACACUUACCUCACUAUUCAUCGCAGGGCUCAACGCUCCUAUCAAACAGGAACUACUCACGCAUCGCCCGAAUACUCUGCAGGAAGCCUUUGCAUUGGCACAACAACUAGCAGCCUGCCACACGAUGACCACCGCGGGUUCUUCACCCGCACAACAGCGAUCUACAUGGUCCGGCCGCAGUGGUCGCUCAAGUCACAAUACCGCCCCUGCUGGAAAGCAUGUCCAACCAUCUCCGAGACCAAACAAAGAAGGUCAACCACCUACUGACUUGCCGAUUGUCAAGAUCUCUGCCGCUGAACGCGAGGACCGAACCAAGCGAGGGCUGUGCUGGUAUUGCCCCGAGAAAUACUCUCGUUCUCACGUGUGCAACACACGUUUCUAUGCCCUCAUGGGUGUAGACGACGAUGAAGAUACAACUGGCACCGGUUCUGCCGCAGAUUCUGAUGACGAUGCUGAGAAUAUGGUGAUUACAGGGGACGUUUCUAGUGUGCACGUUAUCAGUCCUAAGAUCAGACCGCGGUCCAUCCGGCUCAAGGGAUUGAUCAACGACGCAACAGUGAUAGUGCUGAUCGAUGGUGGCAGCUCGCAUAAUUUUAUAAAGCCCACCAUCGCUGAAAAGUUAAGUCUUCCCUUGCACUCCAUUAAACCCUUUCGCGUAUUCGUUGGAAAUGGAGAAUCUUUGCGAUGCUCUUAUGUGUGUUUGGGUACACCUAUUAUUUUGCAGGGCCACAAGUUCACUAUUGAUCUAUUCGUACUGCCAGUGGAAGGACCCGACAUCAUUUUGGGUGUCCAAUGGCUUCAGGAUCUGGGAGAUGUCACUAAAAAUUAUCGCAGCCUAACUAUGAAGUUUGAGCUUGACAACAAAUCUAUAGAGCUGCAAGGCGAUGGGGCUGAUUUGCGACCAAUAUCAUACCACCACUUGUUCUCUCUUAUCAUUCAUGCCCAUGACUUGGAGCUCUUUGAGGUGUUCCCUAUCACCUCCCCAACAGCUCCAUCCGCUUCUCAACCAGAGCCUACCGACCCUGUACUCUGCCACACCCUCAACCAGUUUGCAUCGGUGUUUGAGAUGCCCUCAACACUCCCUCCAGCGCGCCGAUGGGACCACAGAAUACACCUCAAUCCCUCCGCCAAGCCAGUGAAUGUAAGGCCGUAUCGGUACCCUUACUUUCAAAAAAAUGAGAUCGAGAGACAAGAGUUAGAAAUGUUAAAGCAAAGAGUGAUACAACACAGUACCAACCCGUUUUCAUCCCCGGUCCUAUUAGUCCGCAAAAAGGAUGGCACUUUUCAGUUUUGUGUGGAUUACAGGGCUCUAAAUGUGGCAACAACGCCGGAUCAUUUUCCGAUCUCGACAGCAGAUGAGUUAUUUGACGAGCUGCAUGCUGCCCGACGUUCUCCAAGCUAG